AUGGCGCCGCCACCAGUAAUCCUCCCACCGCCGGUCUUCUCCGACGAAGAGGAGGAGAUGGAGCAGUCUAGGCCCAUCGACAGUAGCGAUGACGACGAUAUGGAGGAGUUUAGGCCGCCGCCAGACUACAACGAGAAGCACUACAGAACGGUUUACAAGCUGAUCCUCGACGAGAAGACGGAUGCUCUCGUGAGGCUGGCCGAGAACCCUGAGGGCCCGGUCAACCUCAUGGACGAUCCCCUGCUCAGCGUCGUCAUUACCUGCCAGAAAACCCAGAUAGCGCUUAAACUUAUCAAGAAUUUGUCCCACCACAAACUCGAGGCUAAAAACUACGACGGCGACACGGCGCUGCAUGUAGCCGCCACCUUAGACAACCUGAAGGUGGCGAACGCAUUGCUGAACAAAUCCCCCAGUCUAGCGGAGAAGCGAAACAAUAAGGGGGAGACGCCGCUGCACAAGGCGGCUCUCUUUGGGCAGCAGGAGGUGUUUCGGCGUCUGGCGGACAAGUGUAUAAGCCCGCCGGCGGACCGGACGUACGAUGACCGUACGUACGAUGGAGCCACUGUGCUCCACUACGCCAUCAUGGGCAAUGCGCCGAGGCUGGCGUUGGAGAUUGCGACGAAGUGGCCGAGAUUGGCAAUAUACCGGAAUUACGCAGCGCUGACUCCAUUGCAACUGCUGGCGAGCAUUCCGGAGGCAUUCCGCAGCCAAUUGGGAUUCCCCGGUUCAAGGAACCUCCCAAGUGGAUUAGCAAGCAAGGCAAAAGAGAUAUCGAGGGAGAUGGAUUUCCAUGCUAUUGUACAAUAUUUUAAGACCAAUUCACGAAUUGCUUUUCCAUCUUCUAUGGCGAGGAUUAGGAGACUGUACCAUCUGAAACAAUUUCACCUGGACACCAUGGAACUCAUAGAAUGCCUAGCGAAGUUCCACGGAUACUUCGACUUUUGCGCCAAUGGACAUGGCCGUUACUACAAGGACCAUGGCAUUCUGGACCGUAAGAAAGGGCUAAAGUUCCAGCAGCGCGAGCUCCUGCUCGCGUUCGUCGACAAGCUCCUCCACCUCCACGACGACACCCGCGGCAGCGAGGCGCCGCCGGUCCAGGGGCUUCUCGAGAGCGAGAUGUCUUCGAAGCGGAACUUUUCGGAGCCGCCGCUGAUCAUUGGGGCGGAGAUGGGCCUGCACGAGUUCGUGGGAAAGAUCCUGGACGUGUGCCCGGAAUCGGCGAUGUACGUGGACACCCGCGGCUGGAACGUCCUCCAGGCAGCAAUCGAGAGCGGCAACCGGGAGAUCGUGGAGAUCAUCCGCCAGAAGACGGAGGGCCCUAAUCCUGUCCUUCCCUCCUGGCUGCUCUCGCACACCGAGUCAAGGACGAGGAGGACCAUCCUGCAUUUUGCUUCGGAGAGGAUUCCUCCCGAUACAGAAGACGCCGUGCAGUUGCAAGACGAGCUCCGUUUUUUUGAGAAGGUGCAAAGGAUGGUGCCGCAGGAGCUGCUGUACAGUCGGAACGAGGAGAGGAAGACGGCGCAAGAGGUGUUCAGUGAGAACCACAAACAGAUGGUCAAGAACUGCAAGAACCAGCUGAUGGAGAUGGGGAAGACCUGCGCGGGGCUGGUGGCCGCGGUGGUGUUCGCAUCGAGCUUCUCGAUCCCCGGCGAGAAGGACGACAAGACAGGGAAUCCGGUGUACAUGAACAGGCUGUCCUUCAAAAUCUUCUCCCACACCUACGUCAUCGGCCUCUCCUGCGCCGCCACCUCGCUGGUCCUCUUCCUCUCCCUCGUCAUCUCGCCCUACAAGGAACAACAGUUCCGACGGGCCAUUCCGACCAAGUACCCCUGCUUGUCCUUCGCCAUGGCGCUCUUGGCGCUGCUCGUCGCCUUCACCUGCAAUAUCUUCCUGCAGAUUUACGGCGGGCAGAGAACGGAGUCCGACGACCUGAUUCCGCUCAUACUGGAGCUCACCGUCUUCCCUGCCCUCUGCUUGAUUGUGCUGUACUACAGGGGAGCCACCUUUUGGCCGGCGUUCAGGAAUAUUUGGAAGUAG